AUGGAACUACAACUUCAAAUAUAUUUGAUUUUAGGAAUUGGAUCAUUCUUUAUUGCUGCAUUAGUUCUCUCCAAUUCCUUAUUAAUUUAUUAUGUGAUAAAACUUUACAAGAAAGUUUCCGAAGAACGCAAUGAAAAUUCUUAUCUCAGAAAAUAUGAAAGCGGAAUUAUUAAUAAUGCAGUGGAAGUUGAUGACGAAUUAAGUAGACGAUAUACAAUGCAUACUCCCGAGCCUCAAUCGCUUCAAUCGCUCGAAAUAACUAGACAAGAUGAUCGAAGUAUGAAGCGUAAAGUAAACAAGGAUUCAAUGAAACCAAACAACGUUCGUAGAGUUUCUAGAGACUCUGUAAUUGAUGUAAGCGAAGAAUUUAAUUGGCGUACAGAGGCAAACUCUAAAUAUAAUGCAAAUAUUACAUUACAGCAACGUGAAGAUGGAACAUUCAACAGCGUGCAUGAAUCACGAACAGCAUUUAACGAUCGAUAUUAA